AAACGGGCAUCACAGGAAGCCGCUGCUAGCACGGUUGACGAACCUGGACCGGUCAGCACACAUUUGGACACAGCUGUAGCCGUCCGCAUUGCAAGCGUGGCAAUCGAGGCCGCAUAGGCUGCAUUCAUUCAAAGCCUGCUUUUGUGCCAGCGCCAAAUUGCCGGACAGCCGUCAAGCGGUGCACGCAUCGCUCGUAUAUAAGCACUUCUCGCCAGCAGCGGCCCGCUCGUCGCUAAAGCGCUAGCCACGAUGGCGGCAAAAGAACCCAAGCUGCAGGGCGCCGUGGAGGACGGCAAACCGCUGUUAAUAUUUAUCGACGAGAACGACAAGACCGGUGCGAAAGCAGUGACGCUGAAAGAGCUGAACAUAAAGAUAGACGGCGUCUCGGACGACGCGAAAGUGCAGUUCCUCGUCGACGAACCGAAGGGGACGAAAAACUUUCAAGUACACUAUGCCUUCGUCGGCGGGAAGGUACGACCAUUAAAAACUUUAAGCACGUUCACGGUCCACGGCCACGCUAGAUCUAUACGCGGCUGGCGGGUCGAUUUUAAUUACGUCUCUCAAAAAAGACUGCACGGCACCGAAGAACAGACAUGGUCAACAGGCCCAUCGAACUGCGGCGCUGAGCUGCGAUCCGACAUCGAGGACCGCGACGAGAAGAGCGCGUUCGAGAAGGCCAAAAAAUUAGUCGCUGGCUCUUCUCUUGCUCCUCGAGUCAAAGUGACUUGUGCGCGAGUGCGUUGUAGGGUCGUCAACGUCAACGGGCAACUCGCCUGCGACUUCACUGGCGAGGGCGACGACGCGUUGGAGGACGCCACGGCAAAAGCAGGGUGGCAGGCCUUGUGCAACGCCAUCUCUUUUUUGGUACGCAUGAAGACGAACAAGGUGUUCCUCGCCCUGUCUCCUGAUCUGCAGCGGGACGCCACGUUAGCGUUGGAGGGCAAGCGCUACGACUACGCGACGUUUGAAGGCCACGGUCAUGUGACGAUGGCGGUCCCGCUGGGGACGCGCGUCGAGGAGAACGUGCAAGGAGUAGAGCAGUGGUACUACCGCGACGCGUCGGGCGACUGGAAGCCGGCCAACGACCGCGCCGACGCCGAGAAGAAGGCCCUGCUGAAUCAGCGCGUCCAGGAGGAGGCCCGGAGGAUCGAACAGCACAAGCAAUUUGUCCAAGCCAUCGACGCGGACCUAGGAGAAUCGAACGCGGCCGCGACGCUGACGACGCUGCCGAACUGUUUUGCAAGCGUCGAUCGACGACUCGGGCGCGGCUUCAACGCGGGGUCGUUUGUAGUCCUCGGCGACGCCCUACUGAUAGUUAACUGCCUCCUACGUCGAGCGGGCUGUCCGACGCAUUUCUUUGUGGGAGCACCGGGCGACACGCUGCACGAGCUUGCUUUAUUGUGCGGAAACGGGGAGUGGGUGCCGCGGACGCUCUUUGAUAGAAUGACGGUUCUUUAUCAAAAGUGCGCCGACGAGGAGCGGACGACGAACGUCAAGGCCAUCGUGCGGUUCAACCAGGUCGCGACGGAGCAGGAUCUGGACGUGGAGUUGUUUCAAGUGGUCUACAACCACCGGUGCGACGCCAAGCAGAUCGGCGUGCUGCGCGAAUGGGGCGGCUUUAAGACGGCGUUACUAGGGGAAGACUCGACGCGCGCGUCCGUUUACUGGACGCUGAAUAUAGUGAAGGCCGCCGCGGACCGGGAGCCGAACACGUUGACCAUCAACCCGUUCGUUCAAUACUUCUACGCGCUCGCGACCGGUAGACAGAUGGCGUUUGGCAUGGAGAUGACGCGGCGCAAGGGCUUCCAGGCGUGGUUUGAGGCCAAGUACGGCGAGGGGACGACGCAUAGGUACGGCGGCCCCGCUCCCCAGUCCUUUCCCGCGCCGGCGGCGGCGGGCAUCGGCGGCGUGGCUGUGGCCGCGGCCGACCUCCCGCCCGAGAUGGUGACGGCCGCGGCGAAGGUCCGGGGGAUGCCGCGCGCGGAUGCCGAGGCCUACGUCCAUCAGUUCAUCGACGAGUUGCAGUCCAGCCUCCGGGCGUCCGCGGCGAUCGCGCCCGCGGCGCUGGCGCCCGCCGCGCCCGCGCCCGCGCCCGCGCCCGCGCCGAAGGCUCCGAAGAAAGCGAAGAAGAAGCGCAAGUCCGCGCCCAAGGCUUCCAAGAGCGCCGCGGCGACGGCGACGGCUCCGAAGAAGUCGAAGAAGCGCGGCGCGUGA